GACUUUUAUUUUUUAAAACUACUUAUUUAAAAUAUACACUAUAAUAUAAUAUAAAUAAUAUAAUGAUGUAUUUAAUUUUAAUGAUUGAUAUUAUUAUUAUAUUAUAUGAUAAGAUGAUUCAUCUUCAGCCCAAUUAGUGAGUGGGGACUGUUAAGCGUCUGACGUUUAGUUGUGUUCUACAAUAAAAUGUUAUUAAAUAAUAAAUAAUAAAUAAUAAUACUACGAUCGGGGAGUUAUCGUAAAACGCAGCGCAGUGACAUAUAGCCAUAUAGGUCGCGGAGUGAAGUCAGUUGUUUUCAAAAUUUUAGUCGUCGUCGCCAUCAUUGACAGUCGACAAAUCACCAUCGCAUCAUCAUCGUCAUCAUCUUAUACCGAAUACGUUAGUAAAUAGUAAUAUAUUAUUCAUACAGUUAAAUACGGAUAGACCGCUUCCGAUUCAAUUUCCCUUAUUUCUUUUUUGCUAAAUUAAAAAAAGUCUUUUUUCUUUUCAUAUAGGUACUUAAUAAUUUUUAAAAUGUUUUUAAAAACCACCUUUUGCCAUGAUCCGUAGAUGUUUAUAUAUAUUGUGUAUAUACUAACAAAUAUAGGAGAACGUACAGAAUUUUACUACAAUGUUUACCUCCGGAAGUAACAUAACUGCGAACCAUCAUAAUUAUUGGAAUCAUUUCUCCAUUAAACAACUCUUAUUCGCAAUUGUAUUGUUGACAUCAAGUGUUGUAAUUAACGCAGACAACGUAAAUCUGACGGAAAGUGAACCCAGUCAAGAAAUAAACUGCACGAUUUAUAGGUCGUGCACACAAUGUACUGAUGUAUCUAGUUGUAGUUGGGCGAUCGAAAACCAAAUUUGUCUAUAUUCAAAUCAAAGUCUCUCGGAGAAUUACAGAGUGGUUACAAAAGAAUCAUGCCCAGAGUUUGCCGUGACUUUGAAAACCAAAGAUAAGCAUUAUUGGAUACAAGUUACGGUCUCGAAUAUGGCGGUAAAAAGUGUAAACACUUUUUUUAACGAUAACGCGGUCAUUAGUUGUGAAAUAGAAAAUAUAAUCUAUAACGCUUCAAUCAAUAAUGGGAUAAUUUCUUGUAAAUGGGUAAAAGAAAACAUUAUUUCCCCCGAGAAACGAAGAUCGAUGGACAUCAAUCCUUUGUCUAUUUUUUAUUUUUCAAUCGUUGUCGACAAUAAUGUAAGAUUACAAUUCAAUGACCCUCGAGAUCAUUACAUCAGUUAUCACAGUUGGACCUGCCCCGACGUAAAUUGCUCGAUCGUUUUUUGGGAAAGCGAUUCGAGAAAAUAUUACUGUAAAUGGUGUUUGAAAAAAGACGAUUGUCGGUUAACAGCUGAAUCGCGGUACAGUUGCGACGUACGUCACGCGUUGAACAACGAGAAAUUAUGGAACAACGACACGGCGCUGUCCACGAUCGAAGUGAAAAGUCCCGAACUGGCGAUCGACUCUUUCAAUCCGGACGUAUUGCUUUUCAAUCGUGACAUGUCGUGGGUCGUGAGUAUAAACGUCAAGAAUCACAAGAUUUUGGCCGAUGGCCGGUCGACAACUGCAGUGACCGUGGCAGGUCAGAGCUGUGAUAACCCGACCGCGGUCGACGAUCAGACGAUCAAUUGCACCGUCAGUAAGUCUAACGAAUAUACGUUGGCGAACGACGGUCCGGUGCUGGUCGAGUACACGUGGGCGACGACGUCGAGCAAGGUGAGGUUGACAUCAUCACGAAAAUUCAAGUUUGUCAUUCCGAGCGUGACGGGCGUCAACCCGACGUGUGUUCCAGCUACCGGUGGUACCCGCAUAGCACUGACCGGUCAAUAUCUGAACGCCACGACUGACGUUCAGGUGUUUAUCAAAAAAAUGGGGUCCAAAACGACGUGUGAGGUCUUCGAGCUUUCGCGUGACCGAAUAGGCUGUAUGACAGUCGCCAUUAGCAAAGUACGCAAGCCUGGCCCGUUGUUGAUCGUGUUCGAAAAUAUGACGGGCAUAUACACCAAAGAAAAUUUCUCGUACGUCGCCGAUCCGACCGUGCUAGACGGUCAGGUGUUCGCCGGAAUCGCAUCGGGCAACGUUCCAUUGAUCGUUCGGGGUAGUUUCGACUGUACGAAUAACCAACAGGUGUACGUCGACUACAACGGGGAAAGGCAUUUCGGCCGCUGUGCGGUACGUAACUUCAACGAAUCGGCGAUGAUGUACUGUUGGCCACCAAAGUUCGACAGCCCGGCGCAGAUGACGAGCUUGCCGCUCGGUUUUCGUAUCGAGUUGGCUGAUAAAGUGGUGUUUGUACCGCAACAGACGCACUACAGUUACCUGCUGCACCCGGACCCAAUUUACGCAGACUUUGAAGUCCACGACGACGACACCAUCCGCGUAAACGGCGUGUUUCCGGACCCGCUGCAACGCCGCCAAUGGGACGGUAACUAUUUGCUGGAGGUCGCAUUACUCGGCGAGCCGUCGGACGACGACGACAUAUUUUGCACUAUGACCGACGUCGCCGAGAAUUACGCAGAGUGCCGGUCACCGGCGGGCACGUCGUUUGAUGAUGUCUUAGAAAUCGUGAUCGUAUUAGCGGGCAAACAAGCGACACGGACCUUACUGCACAGAAGACACAAACAGUAUUAUUAUGCGAUGGUUCGGUUGCUGAGACCGCAAUACAUCAUCGCCGGUAUUUCAGCAUUGCUGAUGUGCGUAUUGGCGUUGAUUUUUUGCGUAAAAAAUCUAAUUAAUCGCUCUAAGCGACACGUCGAUAGGCGAUAUAUAAGUGAACUACGAAAUAUCACCGCCGGAAUAGACGACAGCACUAACUAUUUAUUGAACUCGAAAACCUGAACUAGUGUAGACUUGACAACGGAAUUGUGUUAAGUUGGAAUUAUAUGUUAUUGGAACAAAUGUAAAAAAAAAAUCAUUUGUUUUUGAUUUUAUAAAAUAACGUGUACAUUAAAAUAUUAUUGAAAUAGUUAUGAAUAAAUUGUGAAUGAAUGCUUUGAAAGAGAGUUUGUGUUGAGCAAGAUUUAUAUUUUUACUUGUUAUUGUGAGAAUGUAUUAUAUCAUGAUGUGGAGUUGAGUUUUACUGUUCUACAUUUUAUCAAUUUGAAAUCCAUCUUUUGUUUUAUGUGUUUGUUUUUAUGAAGUCUAAAUCAUCUUCAUCUCUUUUUAUGUUCUUGAUGUAUUUUUAUUAUAAUAUAGAUAUACUAUUAUUGUA